AUGAAUGAUAAAAUUAUUACGCAAGUACCAGAAAGAGGUAAUGAAUCUAUUAAACGUUCUCUGAAUAGGGCUUUCACGUCGAGACCGACAUUCAAAAGGUAUGAUUGUUUAAAUGAAUACUUACCAAAGACAUCAAAUAUGUCACAAAAUGCACAAGACCUAAGGAGGAAAAUGGAGGUUAUUACUGAAGAACAGGAGGAAGAAGAAAAAAAUGGAAAUAAGCACAUUUGCAAAGGUGACCAAGUACUUCAUCUAAACAUUGAAGAAAAACACUAUUAUAUGACGAAGGAUCAAUUAUUAUCAUUUCCUGAUACGUUGUUAUUAAGAAUGUUUCCAAAACGUAUGUUUUUAACUAAAUGUGGAACUGCAAUUCAACCUAUAUUUUCAAUGACAGAUGAGAUUUAUGUUGAAAGUUUCCCAUCUUCAUGUUUUGAGUAUAUGAUGUCAAUUUACACUGCGGCACGUAAUGAUUUGAAGAAGUAUUAUUCUUAUUCAAUUCCCCAUUUCAAGGUUUUUAAAGAAAGAAAAGAACAUCAAUUGUUAUACAAAAAUCCACUUAUAUUAGUAUUAAAGGAAGAUUUAGAUUACUAUUGCAUUCCAGGAAUGGAAUUCGAGUUUGAAUUUGAAUUUACAGAGGGACAAAAUGAUAAAUUGGAUUAUUCGACUAGGAAAUGGAUUAAUGAUGAUCUUUCAGAGCUUGCGUUUUCACAAAUCAAAAUAGCUGCAAGUGAAUAUUUUUUAGAUGAACAAAAUGGGAUAUUUCAUGGUAUAAUCACAUCUAAUGCAAAUAAGAAUAUACCUUAUCUUAGCAAGAUGGGAACUGAUGAUGGUAUUGAUUUGGAUAGAAUUGCAUCAAAAAUGAAUAUUGCUGAAAGAAAUCUUGUCGAGAUGUUACAAUCAUCAGGUUUUAAUUCAAAAUCUAAAUGGGCUUAUAGAAUUCAAGAACCUGAUAAGACAACAAUUAGUUCUUUGUCGUUAGGUCGCAUUUAUAAUGGAACUGAAGUGAGAGAUCGAAGAGGAAAAAGUAGUAAAAAUGUACGAAAAGUAAGAAGGAUAAAAAGAGAACGGAAAUAUAAUGAACGUAACAUAUUUUCUAUGUCACAUUUAGAGUCCUCUAGUAAUUGCCACUUUGCAAAGAAUAAUAAUAAUAGAGAUAAUUUUGCAAAUUCAAUGAAUAGAGAAUAUCAUUCUGAAAAUGAAGAUAUUGAACCUGAUUGUGAGGGUAAAGAAUUGCCAAAUGUUAGUAAGAAAUUACUAUUAUUUUGGAAAAAACCAGCGAAGAAAAAUUGGUGGAGUUCAGAAACUGUCAAUUUACAAGUCGAACUUUAUGGGAAGUUAAAGAAGAACAAUGGAAAGAUUAAGAGAAGCGAGCGGAAAAAGAUAAUAAUCCUAAGAAAACAACUUUAA